AUGUCUUCAUAUCCCGUUGCAUCACGCCCCAUUGACCUCAAUUCAGUGUUGGGAAGUUUGAAUAAUAAUGAUGAUGAUAGUAUAGUUGAAGAGAGUUCGAUAUUGGUCGAUCAAUUGGAUACAUCGUUUGAUGAUAUAGAUGAUGAGAAUGUAGGAUUCCAUGAGGCUGUGAUGAGGAUAUGUAAAGAGACUGGAUUGGAGAGCAUUGGUCGAGAAGCAGGAUUCAUACAGAAUAAUGAGAUACCCGCGCUGAGGGAGUAUAGUCAUCAUCCCAACACUACUACUGUUGCUACAACUUCACCUACGUCAACAUCUACAACAUCAACAACAUCGACAACAUCAACAACAACAACUACAUCAACAGUUGUACCACCACUAUCGAUUGGCGAUCAUUAUCUACUUGGUGACUUGCGAAGUCGGAACAAUGUACGUGGCGCGGCAACAACUGGUGCAGGUGCUAAGUCGAACGAUCUGAAUCAGAGCAUGGAGAUGCCAACGAUCAACUCGGGCUUCAAUCAUUUGUUUGACACGGGCAUCAGCGAGGAGUCGAUGAAGACGAAGCGCAAGGGCAAGGAGGACAAGUCCAAGGGUCUGAGUCAUCUGAGCAUGCGCGUCUGCCAGAAGGUGCAGAGCAAGCGCUCGACGUCCUACCAGGAGGUGACGAACGAGCUGCUCGAGGAGUACAUGCAGGAGAGCAUCAAGAAUGGCGCCAACGAGGGCGAUCUCAAGACCAACACAAUGAAGCGCCGCAUCUACGACGUGCUCAACGUGUUCCAAGCGAUGGGCAUCAUCGCCAAGGACAAGCAGCGCAUCUCUUGGAUCGGCCUGCCGUCGUCCGCGCCGCCGCCCGCCUCACACACCUCGCUCGAGAAACAGAAACUGGAUCUUCUGGCGCGCAUUCGCGCCAAGAAGGCGGCACUCAAAGAGCUGAACAACCAGGAGCGACUCUACAACUCACUCAUAGAUCGCAACUACCAGAUGAACAACAAAGCCGCCGAGGACAACGACGUGGCGGCGACCGCGCAGAGCGACAAUGACAGGAUACAUCUGCCGUUCAUCGUCGUCAACACCAAGAGCUCGACGGUGAUCAACUGCGAGGUGGAGCCCGACCGCUCCAAGUACUUCUUCAACUUCUCCCAGCCGUUUGAGAUACACGACGACAGCGAGCUGUUAAAGAAGCUGGCAUUCGUCAAUUCGCAGCCACCAAAGGCCACACACUACAAGAAGAAGAGAAAGAAGGAGAAUGGCAGUGCAAUCGAUUCAUCAGUGGACCAAUCAUUGGAUCUUGAUGACUAG